AUGGCUACACCUUACUGCUUCCAGAUGAGGAAAUGUUAUCUAGCAUGUGGCUGGCUGGCUGCUGAUGCCCCAUGGAGGAACACCAGACUGGGAUGGGUCCAGGGGAAGCAAGUCACUGUGCUAGGAAGCAUCAUGCCUGUGAACGUGUUCCUUGGGAUCCCCUAUGCAGCACCCCCUCUAGGAUCCUUGCGAUUUGAGAAACCGAAGCCUGCGUUACCCUGGAAGGGCUCCCGAAAAGCCACUUCCUACCCUAAAUUGUGCUUCCAGAACGCAGACUGGCUGAUCACAGAUGAAAACAUACUCAAGGUGCAUUACCCCAAACUGGAAGUGUCAGAAGACUGCCUGUACCUUAACAUCUACGUGCCUGCCCAUGCAGACUCUGACUCCAAGCUCCCUGUCAUGGUGUGGUUUCCCGGGGGCGCCUUCGAGACUGGCUCAGCCUCCAUCUUCGACGGGUCUGCCCUGGCUGCCUUCGAGGACGUUCUGGUUGUGACUAUCCAGUAUCGGCUGGGAAUAUUUGGCUUCUUUAACACAGGGGACCAGCAUGCUCCAGGGAACUGGGCCUUCCUGGACCAGGUGGCUGCCCUUACCUGGGUCCAGAAGAACAUCAACCUCUUUGGAGGGGACCCACUCUCCGUGACCAUCUUUGGCGAGUCAGCGGGAGCCAUUAGUGUUUCUGGCCUUCUUCUGUCCCCACUGACCACUGGCUUAUUCCACAAAGCCAUCAUGGAGAGUGGGGUGGCCAUCAUCCCUUACCUGAAGGCUGCUGAUGACGCUAGGAGUAAGGAUUUGCAGAUGAUUGCAGAUGCCUGUGGUUGCAAGGCCUCAGACUCCCCUGCCUUGCUGCAGUGCCUGAGGGCAAAAUCGUCUGAGGAGCUGCUCAACGUCAGCCAGAAAACCAAGUCGUUCACUCGAGUGGUUGAUGGAUUUUUCUUUCCUGAGGAGCCUCUAGAUCUAAUGACUCAGAAACAAUUCCAUCCAGUUCCUUCUAUCAUCGGAGUCAAUAACCACGAGUGUGGCUUUCUGCUGCCCAUGAAGGAAUUCCCUGAGAUCCUCAGAGGCUCCAACAAAUCUCUGGCCAUGCACUUGUUACACACACUAAUGAACAUCCCCACCCAGUAUAUGUACCUUGUGGCUCAAGAAUACUUCCACAAAAAGCAGUAUCCACUUGAAAUACGAAAUUCUUUUCUGGACUUGCUCGGAGAUGUGUUCUUUGUGGUCCCUGCACUGAUCACAGCUCGAAAUCACAGAGAUGUCGGUGCACCUGUCUACUUCUAUGAGUUUCAGCACCGACCCGAGUGUUUCCAGGACUCAAGGCCGGCUUUCGUCAAAGCUGAUCACACUGAUGAAAUCAGAUUUGUCUUUGGAGGUGCCUUCCUGAAGGGUGACAUUGUCAUGUUUGAAGGAGCCACUGAGGAGGAGAAAUUGCUGAGCAGGACCAUGAUGAGCUACUGGGCUAACUUUGCUCGGACAGGGGACCCUAACGGGAUAGGCCUGCCUCUGUGGCCCAGCUACAACUACAGAGAACAGUACUUGCAGCUGAACUUGAACCUGAGCGUGGGAGAGCGACUCAAAGAGCCCAAGGUUCAGUUCUGGACAGAAGCCCUCCCCCUGAUAAUGUCCACUUCUGGAAGGGUCCUCAGCUCUCUUCCAUCCUUAAUUUUCCCUUCUCUGCUCCUGCCUUUCUCUUUCUCUUUUGUUCCAUGAGAAGUUGUCUUUGUGGAUUUGGGUUCUCCUCCUCCCGCAAUUUCCCCUGUAAUCAUUAGCUUCACUCUGUGUUUCGCUGCUUUCUGUGGGGAUCUUCACGGAGUCAGCAUCUUUUGUUGAUGUUUUAUAGACUUGGAGAUGAUCCCCAGGGAAUUCUUUUCAACAUCAAAAAAUGCAAUUUGUCUUGGAAGCCUACCUUAUUUCAUAGGGGGAGGGCUGGCCUAUUAAUUGCCAUAAUAACCAUCUCCUUACUCUUAUGAAAUAAAAUCAGAAUGUAA